AUGAAAGAAGUAACUUCCAUUGAUCUACAGCAAAUCAAAAAUAUCCAAAACGCAAUCGACUCAAUGAGACCAUCAUCAGACUCAGUUGUGAGGACCCUAGCUGGAAUCAUAAAAGAACAAAGCAAUAUCAUAGCUGGACUAGUUCUGGCUAUCCGUCUGAUUGCUUUGAAUAAUCCUUACGAUGGAAAUAUGCGUGCAAUACAUGGCGCAGAUCUCCAGUGCUAUCGCGAAGCAAGAAUGGUUGGAUUCACAACCACCUUCCGCGAAAUGCUAACAAUGUGCAGGACUGAUUUUGUUCAUAUAGCCGAUUGGGACACACCUGUAGUGAACAUUCAUGAUGAGCUUUGCAAUGAAGUAGAGGCAAAAUUCAAAACCAUAAUUUCAACUGAACACGAACUUCUACCUUCUGUGAAGCUAUGA